CGAAAAUCAAAAUGCUGCAAAUAUAAAAGCAUUUUGAGUAUGCUAACCUCAUUGGCUCACGGUUGCAUCGUCAGUUGCGUUUUAAUAAAAUUAGUGAGUUAUUGAUGACGACGGAUCCUGACUUGUGUGCUUUCAGUAAACAUUAACUAGCACCUUUAUUAGACAGUCAGCAGAUGACAGAGUGAAUGUGGGCACUCUCCAACAUUGCUGACAUUUCUGUGGCGCGUAGCGAGAGGCAAGCAUGAAUAACAGCACUGAGGUAUUCACGGGGAGUUUGGGGCUGCUUUUGUCCACGCUGGAAAUGAACGGCUCGAUGGGUCACGAUCAUGAUCACAGCCGCAUGUCCAUGGACCCUGGUGGCCAUGAACACCACUCUACGGCUGCACCAAGCCACGGCACUCAUGGCAUGAUGCAAAUGGCAUUCUACUUUGGGUUCAAAGAUGUGUCACUGCUCUUCCCGGGGCUGCUGAUCAAUUCUGGUGGAGGGAUGGUUGGAGCCUGCGUGAUUGUCUUCCUGUUUGCAGUCAUUUAUGAAGGCCUAAAAAUCAGUCGGGAAUGUUUGCUCCGCAAAUCGCAGGUUAAUGUCCGUUAUAACUCCAUGCCUGUCCCGGGACCAAAUGGAACAAUCUUGAUGGAAACACACAAAACGGUCGGGCAGCAGAUGUUCAGCAUUCCCCACCUCAUCCAGACCGGACUGCACGUCAUCCAGGUGGUCAUCAGUUACUUCCUCAUGCUGGUCUUCAUGACCUACAACGGUUACCUCUGCAUCGCUGUGGCAUUGGGCGCUGGUGUUGGAUACUUUCUCUUUAGCUGGAAGAAGGCUGUGGUGGUGGACAUUACAGAACACUGCCAUUAAUGCCGGCUCAGUGGGGAAUUUGAAUGAAUCAGUCCUCACAUCUACCAUCUAAGUAAUGGAUAUACACGCGCACACAGGCACGCACGCACCCGCGUGUAUGUGUCUGCGUUUGUGUAACUAUAUAUAAUAUAAUAUAUCAUUUCUUCCAUGGCUCUCUCUCUUUCUGUGUGUGUUCAGACUACAGUUUAAAGAUUGCUGCUUUAAUUUUGAUCUGCUUCAUGUCUUAAUAGUCAGGAACGCUCUGCCCUUCCUGCAGCCUUACGUAUGACGAAUUGGUGGUGAGGCAGCACUUUUGACCCAAAGAGCUGAGCGUGAGAGCAAAUUAAAACCACGAGACGUAACUUUAUCUGGAGUCACAUGUAAAAUAGUUACAAUAUUAUCUUCUCUCAGAUGGAAUUUUGUAAGAUUCUCAGAAAAUCAUUUGUUAGAUUCUGGUAUUGAAUGUCAAUGCCUUAAUCCCAUUGAUUAUAAAUCAGAAGUAGUUACCUCACAUGUGCAUCUUUCGUUACUAUGAGGUUCAGCAUUAGAACAAAAAA